CCCUCAUAAUUUCCAUUUUCCUUCGGCUUCAGGCUUCAAAAAACCUAGCCUCCACAGGACCACACUCUCUCUCUCUCUCUCUCUCUCCCUGCGAGUCUCGAUCUCACCCUGCGACAGUCCCCCCCUGAUCUCACCCUGACCCAGUAACCACCCCGCAGCCAGCGGUCGACACGAUUGCUCAAAAUCACGAAAUCGUCAAAUAAGUUGAUUGGACUCAAAUGUGUUACAUGGGCUCAGAUUGUCGUUGUUGAUUUGCUGGAUAUUACCUACCUGACCCGACCUGGACAAACACAGCUCCUCCACUGACCUGCAAACUGAUCAAGAGAUUCAAAAGUUCAUUCUGCGGAAGAAACUCCCAACUCCUCCCUUGCAGAGUCAGUCUUUAGCCCGCCCCUUUUCUAUCUGUUGAGGGAAACACUAGGUAUUUAUACGUGGAAGAGAAAUGGGGUUGCCAGAUGCACCUGGAGAUUUGUCUUCGGAAAUGGAGGUGGAUGCUUUUAGACGCCUCUUCCCUCUUCAAUUUUAUGAGCGUCAUCUGGCUGAAUCCAUACGGCCUGAUGGCAGGCCUUUAGGAAGAGCUAGAGAUACAACUAUAGCUCUUGGUGCCGUUGCAUCUGCUGAUGGCUCUGCAUUGGCAAAGAUUGGUUCAACCACAAUGCUGGCUGCUGUUAAAAUGGAAGUCAUGACUCCUUCGAUGGAGUCACCAGAUGAGGGCUGCAUAGCUAUUGAUUUCCACAUGCCUCCAAUUUGUUCUCCAAUUGUUAGGCCUGGCAGGCCAGCUGAGGCAGCACCAGUUGUGUCAAAACAAUUAUCUGACACUAUUUCAAGUUCUGGCAUGAUUAAUCUGAAAGAGUUAUCCUUGGUCAGUGGAAAAGCUGCAUGGAUGGCAUACCUGGACAUAUACUGUUUGGACGCCGAUGGUGCUCUCUUUGAUGCUGCUUUGCUUUCAGCUGUUGCUGCCUUAUUUCAUUUACAAAUCCCUGCAGUUUCUCUAAAUGAUGAUGGUAAAAUAGUUGUGUCUGAGGAAGAUGGAGGAAAGCUGGAAAAGGAGCCCGUCAAUAAAGAAAAGAGGAAACUCACUCUGAGAAGCAUUCCUUUCUCACUAACAUGCAUACUUCACAAGAACUACAUCCUGGCGGAUCCCACUUCGGAGGAAGAGGCCAUCAUGGAAACUCUUGUUACUGUGGUUUUGGAUUCAUCAAGUCAACUCAUUUCUCUCUACAAGCCAGGUGGAGCAGUUCUCGCCUAUACAUCAGCUGUACAGGACUGCAUUGCAUUGACGAGACAGAGAUUGAGGGAGCUACAGAAGAUUUUGGAUGAAGCCAAUUCUGGCAUGGAGGUUGACUAGGUUUUGUUUGAUCUUUAUUUUUUCGGGAUGUUACUGAUUAGUUUAGUUGGUGGGUUAGUUGUUUUGUUUUGUUUAACACCUAUACUUCCUGCUUAUUCUUUGUUUCUACACUGAUAUUGAUCAACUCGAGAAAAAAAGAAAAAAAAGGACGCUUUUGUGAAGGGUAGAGUUAUUGAUCAAUCUGGGCUGCAUAUGCAGAAGGGUUUGAACUUUUAAA